AUGAGCCAGGCCUGGCCUGCCGUCGUGUCGCCGGACGGACUUUGGGUUCUAUCAUCCUCUCACCGUCGUAAAUCUGUGCAAGAGGGUAGUACAGGCCGCGCCUUAUACAGCAUGCCCACGUUAGAGGAUGAAAUGAUACCCGUGUUCUCUCCGGACAGCCAGAAGUAUAUCAGGUCUCGCAAAAACAAAUUCUGGUUGCACAAUGUCAAAUCAGGCAGGGAUGAAUACCUGGUUACUACUGAACUUGAGCACAAAUUUACUUCCUUCGCAUUUUCCUCGGAUAGCGAGAGCUUUGUGUCAGGCUCAGGAGACGGUACAAUUCGACUGUGGUCGUCGAAAACGGGUACACUGUCACGACAAAUCUUCCCGUACUAUGGGGCUGCAACGGGUUGUUGGAGUGUUGCGUAUUCCCCACUUGGACGAACAGUCGCUGGUCUGAUAUCUAAGCCCUAUAAGGGGGGCUUGCCAGUAUCUCUGGAUUUGUUUGACAGUGUGAGUGGGCAAGAAAUUAUGACCAUAAGUGUAGAAUACACUGGUAUGCCGAAGUUGGUGUCAUUUUCACCGGACGGGAAGCACGUUGCAGUGACGGGAUCUAAGAUUGUCACGAUAUUUGACAUCAACUCUGGGAAAAGAUCAUGGGGAUUGAGCGAAAAUUCUGCUCAUGAUCCCAUGGCGUCUGCGUUUUCUCCUGAUGGAAACACAUUCGCUGUAGGCAGCUCUACAUUGAGAAUUUGGGACAUGAAGGCGCUCAAGCGUCGGCUGGUUCGUUUUGAGGGCCAUGAUGGCCUUAAUCAUUCCUUGAAACGACUGAGAAUCAACACCAUAACGUUCUCUCCAAGCAGCAUGAAGGUCGCCACCACCGCUCGUGGAAGCCGAUACGUCAGGGUGUCCGACGUGACUGGAGCAAUCGCAUCUCAGCGUGGCCCACCUGACAGACAAACGACGUCAGGCGACUGA